CUCAGCAGUCACGGUGCAGGUUGUUAGGCAGUUCAUACAACGGAUUCAAUGGAAUCAGCUUGGAUUCAGUUUGAUGUUUCUAGCAAUACAGUACGAUAUAAAACAACAACGAUUCAGUUUGAUGAUGCUAGCAAUACAGUGCGAUAUGAAGAUGAAUUAGACGCCUUCAGAUUAUAUACUCCAUCUACUCCUAAACCGAGAAGUUUUCGAAACUACCACCAUCGGAUUCUGAUUGCAAUUACAGACAUAAAUGAGGAGAGUUCGUGCGCACAUUUUGAGUCCUAUGCUGAUUACAAUGACACACAUGCAAAGUUCUUCCUACACAAAUACAGACAAACAGGCCCACAUCACAAUGGCACACCUAUAAUCUUCACCCUUGAAAAAGACAGUAAGAACUACAUUAUGUACUGUACCAAUGAUAACUCCAUCCAUUUUAAAGUAAAAGAGUUGCCAAAGGAAAUACCUUUAAUUAAAAGUAAAUAUAUUUUUUACCAGAAAACAUUUUCGCCUGGACAAAGUUGUAUAUGCUUUGAGUCUUCUUUAAAACGAGAUUUUUAUCUUUCAUUUCUGAAAGAAAACUACGUCCAAAAACUGAUCUUAAAGCACUGUCCUCUGGGGAAAUUCGAUGAAACCAUAAAAAUGUACAGCAGUGAUCCAAAUCUGUAACCUGUUUCCAACUUGUAACAUACCAACGGUGUGUACUUUAUUCAUGGCCCGUGGUCACUUACUAUUUAUUGUCAACAAGCUAUAGGGAACCUUUUUUUUUUUUUCUAUACAUUUGAUGGGAUAUCUCAUCAGAUUUACUGUAUAACAAAUAUAGUAUGAUGUACUCUAGUUCCCUUGCUGUCAGAUAUGCUAGAUUCUCACCUAUUUACCUAUCAACAGUUUUAACGUACCUGCUAUAAUAUAAAUACACGCUGCGUUCAGUCCAUAACAUCCAAGGUUGCUGGAAGGCCAGAUUUUCUACCACUGUUACAUCCUGAUAUUUGUAUUAUUUUUUUUUUAUUUAUUAUGCAUCAAAUCAGAUAGGUGGCUGUAAAACAUUAUAAACUUCUGACUUUUAUUAAUUUAUUAUAUUAGUUCUUAAAGGGUAACUCCAACC